AUGUCAAGCAACAAUUUUAUCGGCAAUCGAAACAGCACGCCCGAGGCUUCGAGCUCAUCCUUGCGGCCACCGCCUUCGCGGUCUAAUGUACCAGGACAUCACCUUCGAGCAUCUGCUGAUAUGUCGACGUACAGCUCUGCUCCCCUCUCAGGCCGCAAUAUAAGACCGGCCUCGGAAAUGCUGCAUCAACAGGCGCAAUCCCAACAGCUUGAUGCAGCGGACAAGGCAGCUGAGCAAUGGAUUGCAGAAAUAGAUCAAUGCGAAAAUACUUUAGAGGAGAUGGCAGGCGCAACGACUGAUCAAGAUUUCAAAGCCGAGCUGACUGCUAUUGAGGAAUGGUUCAGAGUUUUGAGCGAAGCUGAGCGAACGGCAUCCUUGUAUGCCUUACUUCAGCAGGCAACUAAAGUACAGAUUCUCUUCUUCAUCCAGACUUUAGAAGAAAUGCUACGAAAGCAUCCAAUGCCAGGCAUACUCUCUUCUUCAAAAGUUGGUGAUCAAGAUCGUACAGGAGAUAUGUCAGGCAAGCUCGACGCAACCCGUCAUUCGCUUGGAAGACCUUUACCGUCACCCAGCAACAAGCGAAACUCUGGUCUCGAUCCUUCCACCAUUGUCGCUAUGUUUCCCGAUGCAGCAGCGGCGAUCGCGAAAAAGAAAGCAGAAUACACGCAACACACUGGCAACGCACCAGCUUCAAAUCGGAACAGUGUCGCUAUUGGGGAUAGGUCGUCUUUAAUUGCGCCAUCCAUUACGGAACCAAAAGAACACAAGGACGCCACUUCGCAACAUACCUCAAUUCCUUGGGGUCAAAGAGGUAACGAAGUCCGUCCAAAAUCAUCGUCAGGUACCCAAGCUAUGGGUCAUUUCAGCCAACCACCGCCAUCGGCUGGGCUUCGUUCCCCACGCCCUCUACAGCUGUCAGGUGACGGCAAUGUUCAGAGUCAGAGCAUUAGUGUCUCAGACAGCUCAAGUAGUCUACCCAUGCUCUCCCCAUAUAACGUGGGCAAUGCUAGCUGGGCCUCAAUGACGAACACUCCCAUGCAACCAUCUUUCAACAGUAAUCAUGCAGCAACUCAGGCAGAUAUGGUAGCAAACGCAACAGCAAUGAAACUUGCCGCCCUCUCCACCGUCAAUAACCGCAUUGCCCUUGAUGAUGUACGAAAGUAUCGUCGCACUAAAUCUAAUGAAGGUGAUGAUACUUCUACGCAAAUUCCAAUGUCUCCGGGCUUUCCACAAAACGUCGUGGUUGUCAACGAGAGUGGGCAGCUGUUGAAUUCGCAUGCCCUAAAUCCACAACAACUAGCAGCUAUUCAGGCGCAGCAGCAGGCUCAAAUGAUCGCAAAUCGCGGGAGACCAGAGUCACCAGGUGUGCAGAUGCAGACAAGCAACGUGAACAAUUUGGCAUUUGCCUCCCCUCAGAACAACGGUUAUCUUGCUGCAUAUGAUCCUUCUGUUGGCUUGGGUGGUGGAAUAGGGGCACUGAAUCUCGGCCAGUAUGGGAUUAGCUCGGGAGCUGCGCACGAAGGUUACCUAUCGGAUCAUUCGGAGAUGCGUGGCAGGUCACCAAGGGGAAGGAGAGGAACUUCAAAGCCGCCUGAGGAUCCAACCGAUCCAACACUGCUACAAGAUAUUCCGAGCUGGUUGAGAAGCCUGAGACUUCAUAAAUACACUGACAAUCUCAAGACCCUCAAUUGGACAGAUCUCAUCGAGCUGGAUGACAAAGGGUUGGAGGACAAGGGCGUGAAUGCUCUAGGUGCAAGAAGAAAGAUGCUUAAGGUAUUUGAGCAAGUCAAGGAGGCAAAAGCCGAAGUCAUGGAGUGUGCCGAUUAUUCUCUUGCAAAGGUCUUGGCUAAUCCUGCGGGAAGAUAUACCUGUAUAAACACGACAAAGUCGACCUUAAAAGAAGCGCCCCCUCGACGCCGCAUGUCGGCCAGACCUUCUGACUAUCACAAUAUCGCGGUUACUAGAGAGACUUCUGACAGCGUAUCUGCAAUAGUAAAAGAAUCAUUGCAACAGGGCAGAGAGGCUAAGCAAGGGAGCAAUGUAGAUUGGAAAACUGAAGUGAGUGACAAAUGGAAAUUAUCCUCGAAGCGUCGGGCGUCUAUCAUUCCACGAGACAAGAUAAUCUGCGGCAAUCAGCCAAUUGACGAGAUUGAGGACAAGUACCAAAGUCUCAAUCGGUGCCACAUGCGUAAGAAGCCGCGAAGGCGAACAAUUUAUAUACCCUCAGAUGACACGACAAUCUUCACAAUCCAUCCUGGAACAUGUUCAGGUGAUGCCAAGUCUGAUGGAUUGCUAUUGCACGAUGAAGUGCCCAGUGCGCAGGGCAUCCUCCACUCACACGUCACUGACAGCGUACGCAAACCAAAGCUCGUGUACAGAAAGAUAUUAGCAGGAGCUCCAAGAAGAGCACCCCCGCGGCCGACUCUGCGCGUGUUACCGGAACAAAGGGAGAACUCGUUUCAAGGUAGCCCAGGAAAGGGAAAUUUGCCCCUUGUAAAUUCACCAAAUGGGAUGCGCGCUCAAACAAAGGAACAGGAUGUGGCAGGCAACGACUGCCGAAAGUCAAUCAAUGCUAGAAGUCGCCGCAGCCAACAUUGUGCAGAUCAACGUGACGUCUCGUUAGAUAAAGGUCCAGUUGGGUACCAUGAACAAAGACCAUCUGUAUUUUUGAAGCAGGUGUCUUCCAACGCGCCAAAGAACGCACUGGCCCAAAGGCGCAAUUCUAAUUACCACUGUGGAGCAGGCUCGCAGAUAAGAGCUGCGAAGGCUGAACUGACACCUUCAAAGAUAGUGCCUGAAGCAACGUUGCCGAGGGUGACGAGGUAUGUGAGAGUGACCAAUAGACAUUAUCCGUUACUCCAGGAAGACAUCGAACACGCUAGCCUAUACGAAGAUGCGUGGCUUAACCAUCAUGAGAUUGCUUUGCAACAACUUCUCAACAGCAUAUUACAGUCCACAUCAAAGGUGGCUCCGGAUAAUGCUGGCUUCUACGAAGCCAGGAGAGAAAGGAUGCUGGGAAUCUAUCAUGGACGUGAAUGUACGCUUGCCCACAAAAGGCUACAGGCCUCAUUGCUCUACGGUGCACUUAGUUGUCCAAGGAUUCCAAGGAUGACAGGAAGGGACUCUUCAAGACACGAAACAGACCUAGGGAUCAGGCGAGGAUUCCUUCAUUUCUGGCUCAACUCGUAUGAUCUGUCAAGUCUUGCACCCGCUGUGGAGGUAGUCGUCGGCCGCCACAUGCAAGGUUUAGAUGAAGUGCGCCUAGAUACUGGCAUCGUUCAACAUAAGCUGUCAGACAGUUCCGACAAUGUAAACAGGAGGGCCGUUAGAAAGCAAAGAAAAAUUGUGGAAGCCUUCCUCGAGACUUGUCUGCUCUGCAACGGAGACGCCCCCGAUUCUGACCGGGCGACUUCGACGACUUGGUCCUGGCAAAAAACGGUACUAAGGAGCUUGAUGCUCAUCUUGCUAUUAGAUAAGGCGAAAGGGGAAGGAGUGAUCAAGUGCAAUCUGUUCCGGUCGCGGUCCGCAUUCAAGUCAUCUGCCGAUGCUGUGGCCGGUGUAUCUCGCCUCCUUAAUCCAACGUUUGUCGGUAUCAAUCGAAUCCUGGGCCAUCUACAAUAUGGCAUCUGCCACGUACAGGAAGAGCUCUCCGACUUUUGCUUUAAUAUUGACAACCUAGCUGUGGACUUGAGAGAUGGCAUUAGGCUUUGUCGAAUUGUAGAGCUCUUGCUAGGCUUUUCAGAAAAAGUCAAACAUAAAACAUCCUUAGACCCUCAUCUUGAAGGCUCCAUCGCACUAACGGUUGAAAAGGGUUGCGACUGGUCUCUUUCGGAGAAGCUCAAAAUCCCUUGCGCAGGGAGAACCCAAAAGCUGUAUAAUGUCCAGAUCGCCCUCAGUGCUUUGGAACACGUCAAUGGAUUCUCUAGUGACGCACAAACAUACAAGGCAGAGGACAUAGUGGACGGUCACCGUGAAAUGACCGUAAGCUUACUUUGGAGACUAGUCGCGACGCAUGGUCUCGAAUUACUCAUAGACUUCACAGAGCUCGAAAGGGAAAUCGUAAGAUUUCAGAAAGCUAAGCGUCUUCUUCAACGAAAGGAUGACCAUAAUCAACAACUGCACGCUUCGAGGGAUGGUGGAGAACCCGAAUCCUACUUCGGCUUCCUAAAAACAUGGGCGAGGGAAAUAGCUGCACAGCAGUGUGGGAUCAGAGUUGACAACCUUACCACAGACUUUGCCAAUGGUCGUGUGUUUGGAGCGAUCGUGGAUGAGUACCGUCGUUACAUACCGCACACAAGUGUAAAGAACAUAGACGUUUCCGACAAUGCAUCCGAUCUAGUUAGCAAGUUGCUGAGCAUUGGAUGUAGCAAAGCGUUUGCCAGCAUUUUUGGAUGGCCAAAAGACGGGGGACGGGUCUUCGAUCGUGAAUUCGUCAUUGCAACAUUAGCGUUUUUAUGCUGCAGACUUCUCAUGCUGUCGCGAAGGGGUCGCGCUGCGGUGACCAUACUCCGAGCAUAUCGCAAGGCCAAGAUGCAACGGGUCAUUCUCCAAAGACUCACAUCACUAAUGCUCGGCCGCAAUUGCACGGAGGGAGUGAUGCAAGGGACGCUGGAAACGUCGGAAGCAGGACGCAAGAACAUAGCCGCCGAGCUAGUUGCCAAAUCUAUGAACAUUUGCUCUACGGCGGAUGAAGGGUCAGAUAUUUGGCUACCACAGAAUGAUGGUGCCAGGUCGAACAUCAGGCCAGGGUCGAGACCACUGGUACCGAGCGACUUUUGCAAAGCAAAGCUAGAGCGAUGUGAAGUUGACAUGCGGACUAUGCUUCAAUUCGCUUCUCUUCCGCCCGAGCUGGUCGUUGAAAUGCUGCAAUACCUUCCCAUCAAGACCCUUCUGGACUUUGGCCUAACAUCAAAGCAUCAUUACGACAUGCAACGAAGCUCUCUGGCGACUCUACGACUCGGUGUUUUCCAUUCCAAGCUGAGCGGCGUGAUCAAUCUCAUGGAGGCAAGCGCGCACAAUGACGUUCUCCACAGCGUGCAAUUGGUCCUACCCUGGCAAGGCUCGAAAAACAAAGAUUGUGUCAUCUUCAUGCAAAACACAAAGGUACAACAGGUACUGAGGGAAUACCGGCAUUCUCUUAAGAAUCUGGAAAUUGCAGUUUGGGACGUGCAUGAGGAAACGGCGUCUUUGCUUGGUCAGCUUCACAAUCUGAGGCACCUUUCCAUCCGGCUGGACCAUCCACACACGAGGCACCCAGCCGUGAAACAAGGGUAUUGGCAGGCGGCUCAAGGGUCAACCGCUUGGAACUUUCUAGCUUGCAAAGCCGGUAGAAACGCUUUGGGGCGGCUUCAGAGCUUAAACCUUGAACGAUCCGGUAUCACAGACUGGCAGUUGCGAAAGCUACUGGAAUGUAAUCCCAAGAUCGUCGAAUUGCGCCUCCACAAAUGCUUUAAUUUGACAAAAGAGACGUUCAAGUUCCUCGCCGUUAAUAAACCCGGCUUGAAACUCGUAAAGCUGCAUUUCACGAUGGUCAGUAAUGAGCGUAUUGAUGAGCGCAUACUAGAAUACAUUGGCAAGAUGAAAGAUUUGAAAGCGGUGAAGAAAAUGAAUAAGCGAUUGAAGCUCGCCCAUCUCUCACUGCCAAGUACACCCAAAAUGUCGGAUCAAGAGCUUGAGGUGGAUGCUGACUAUAGGUGA